CUGGGAGGGGAGGACGGCUGGAAGCCGCGGCGGCCUCGGCGCCCCGGCCGAAGGGCGGGAGGACACCGCCACCCGCAGCCUCCCGGGGCGCAUUGCAGCCGCGACGGCGGGCCGGCCUGCUGCGCGGGGCGCGACCGGCGGCGGACGCGAGCGCGGCCCAGGUCCCCGGCUGGCGGCGGCGGCGGCGCGCGGGAGCGGGGAAGCAGCCAUGGCCCCGGGCUGCCCGCGCCUCUGGGUCCUGGUGGUCCUGGGCGCCGGCUGCGCAGGCUGGGGGCGCCCGGGGGCCGAGGCGGCGCGGCUGAGGCAGUUCUACGUGGCCGCGCAGGGCAUCCGCUGGGACUACCGCCCCGAGCCCGCAGACCCGAGUUCGAAUCCUUUUGCAACUUCCUUUCAGAAAAUUGUCUACAGAGAGUAUGAACCAUAUUUUCAGAAAGAAAAACCACGAUCCAAAAUUUCAGGACUUCUUGGGCCAACUUUGUAUGCGGAAGUUGGAGAUAUCAUGAAAGUUCACUUCAAGAAUAAGGCAGACAAGCCCUUGAGCAUCCACCCUCAAGGAAUUAAAUACAGUAAAUUCUCAGAAGGUGCGUCUUACUCUGACCACACAUUCCCUGUGGAAAAGCUGGAUGAUGCUAUAGCUCCAGGCCAGGAAUAUACCUAUGUGUGGAAUAUCAGUGAGGACAGCGGGCCCACGUACAAUGACCCUCCGUGCCUCACACACAUCUAUUACUCCUAUGAAAAUUUGGUACAGGACUUCAACUCUGGGCUGAUUGGACCUCUGCUUAUUUGUAAGAAAGGCACCCUGACUGAGGAUGGGAUUCAGAAGAUGUUUGACAAACAGCAUGUGCUGAUGUUUGCCGUGUUUGACGAAAGCAAGAGCUGGAGCCAGUCAUUGUCUUUAAUGUACACGGUCAAUGGUUACGUGAAUGGGACAAUGCCAGAUAUCACUGUUUGUGCCCAUGACCACAUUAGCUGGCAUCUGAUUGGAAUGAGCUCUGGGCCAGAACUGUUCUCCAUUCAUUUCAACGGCCAGGUCUUGGAGCAGAAUCAUCAUAAGAUCUCAGCCAUCACCCUUGUCAGUUCUACGUCCACUACCGCAAACAUGACUGUGGGCCCAAAGGGCAAGUGGAUCAUAUCUUCUCUCGUCCCAAGUCAUUUUCAAGCCGGGAUGCAGGCUCAUAUAGACAUUGCAAGCUGUGCAAAGAAAACCAGGAAUCCUAAGAAACUAACUCGCGACCAGAGGCGGCACAUGAAGAGGUGGGAAUACUUCAUUGCUGCAGAGGAAGUCAUUUGGGACUAUGCACCGAUAAUACCAGCGAAUAUGGACAAAAAAUACAGAUCUCUGCAUUUGGAUAAUUUCUCAAACCAAAUUGGAAAACAUUAUAAGAAGGUUGUCUACAAGCAGUACCAAGAUGAGUCUUUCACCAAACGCAUGGAGAAUCCCAAUAUCAAAGAAGAUGGAAUCUUGGGUCCUAUUAUCAGAGCCCAGGUCAGAGACACACUCAAAAUCGUGUUCAAAAAUAUGGCCAGCCGUGUCUACAGCAUUUACCCUCAUGGAGUGACCUUCUCUCCUUAUGAAGAUGAAGUCAACUCUUCCUUCACUUCAGGCAAUAACACUAUGAUCAGAGCAGUUCAGCCAGGGGAAACCUAUACUUACAAGUGGAACAUCCUAGAGUCUGAUGAACCCACAGAAAAUGAUGCCCAGUGCUUGACAAGACCAUACUACAGUAAUGUGGACAUCACCAGGGACAUUGCCUCUGGGCUGAUCGGGCUACUUCUAAUUUGUAAGAGCAGAUCCCUGGAUAAACGAGGCAUACAGAGGGCAGCAGACAUUGAGCAGCAGGCUGUGUUUGCUGUGUUUGAUGAGAACAAGAGCUGGUACAUUGAGGACAAUAUCAACAAGUUCUGCGAAAAUCCCGAUAAGGUGAAACGUGAUGACCCCAAGUUUUAUGAAUCAAACAUCAUGAGCACUAUCAAUGGCUAUGUGCCUGAGAGUAUACCCACGCUAGGAUUCUGCUUUGAUGACACUGUCCAGUGGCACUUCUGCAGUGUAGGGACCCAGGAUGACAUUUUGACCAUUCACUUCACUGGGCACUCAUUCGUCUAUGGAAAGAGACAUGAGGACACCUUGACGCUCUUCCCCAUGCGUGGGGAAUCUGUGACCGUCACAAUGGAUAAUGUUGGAACUUGGAUAUUAACUACAGUGAAUCCCAGUCCCAGAAGCAAGAACCUAAGGCUGCGAUUCAGGGACGUUAAGUGUAUCCGGGACGAAGACGAAGAUUCAUAUGAGAUUAUAUACGAACCUCUGGCAUCUACAGCCAUGACUACGCGGAAAAUGCGUGAUUCUUCAGAAAACAGAGGUGAAGAGGACGAUGGUGACUAUGAUUAUCAGGAAAACCUGGCUUCAUGGUUAGGAAUUAGGUCAUUCAGAAAUUCAUCACUGAAUCAGGAGGAAGAGGAGUUUAAUCUUACUGCCCUAGCUCUGGAGAACUACUCUGAGUUCAUUCCUUCAAGUACUGAUCCAGCUAUUCGUUCAAAUUCUUCUUUCCUGAGUAGCAUUAGCAGGCUUAUUGUCCAUAACUUUGCAGGACCUCACAAAACGCUUCCUCGCCCAGAAGCCACCACAGCUGGUCCCCCCUUGGGACGCAUUGGCUUGGACAAGAAAUCAGUUCUCAACUCUUCCACAGCAGAACAUUCCAGCCCUUAUUCUGAAGACUCCAUGGAGGAUCCUCUCCCAUCAGAUAUCACAGGGAUAAGCCUUCUUCCGCUCGAUGCAGAUGGUUUCAGGAAUCAAAAACAUGCUAAGCACAAUGGAUCCGAGAAAGGAAGAGACCACACAACAAAGCAUGGGAUCUCCCAGGUGGGACUUUCAGCAUAUAAAACUGGGAGACAUUUAAGACAAGGCAACUCUUCUCCUUCCAGAACGGGAGCCUGGGAAGACCUUCCCGGUGACCUGUUACUCUUAAGACAAAAGCACCCAUCAAAGAUUUUGAAUGGGAAAUGGCAUCCGGCUUCCGAGAAAGGUAGUUAUGAAAUAGUCCAAGAUGCCGAUGAAGACACAGCUGCCACUAAGCUGCUGAGCAGCCCUCAGAAUGCCUCGAGGACUUUGGGAAAAAGCAGCCCUUUCACAAACAAAGACAGAAAGCAGAGUGGCCACCCCCCAUUUUCUGGAAUUAGAAAGAAAUUUCUGCAGGAAAGACCGGAUGGAGGAAACGGUAGAUUGAAGAAAAGCCCUUUUUUCAUUAAAACACGAAAAAAGAAAAAGGAAGAGAAGCUUGCACACCAUAUUCCUCUAUCUCCAAGGGGCUUUCAUCCUCUAAGAAAGGCUAAUACCACAUUUGCAGACAGGAGACUUAAUCACUCAUUGUUAUUCCAUAAAUCCAAGGAAACACCUUUUCAUCCCACAGACCUCGAUCAGACAUUCCCCUCUGUGAAUCUUAGCCUGAUAGCCUCACUUCCUAACCAUAAUCAGAAUCCCCCAAAUGACACCAGUCAGACAAGCUCCCCUUCAGAUCUUUAUCAGACAAUAACCCCAGAAGAGCGCUAUCAAACAUUCCCUAUUCAAGACUCUGAUCAAAUGCACUCCACUACAGAGUCUAGUCCUGGAUCUCUCCCAGAGCCUGGCCAGAUGCUCAACUAUGACCUAAGGAACAAGUCCUUCCCUACUGACAUUGCUCAGAUGUUCCCUUCCUUGGAGCCUGAAGCCUGGCAGACAACCAUCUCUGCAGAUCUCAGUCAACCAACCCUUUCCCCAGACCUCAGCCAGACAGCUGUUUCCCCAGACCUUGGCCAGAUGCUCCUUUCCCCAGACCUCAGCCAGGAGCCUCUCUUAUCAGACCUCAGCCAGAUGGCCGUUUCUCCAGACCACAGACAAACAACACUUUCUCCAGACCUCAGCCAGACAGAUGUUUCCCCAGACCUCAGUGAGAUAACCAUUUCCCCAGAUCUCAUAAAGAUGAACCUUCCCCCAGACCUCAGCCAGAUGCCCUUCUUCCCAGACCUCAGCCAGGAGACUCUCUCAUCAGACGUCAGCCAGAUGCCUCUUUCCCCAGACCUCGGCCAGGAGACCCUCUCAUCAGAUGUUGGCCAAACAACCCUUUCUCCAGAUACCAGCCAGACAACACUCUCUCAAGACCUUGGUCAGAUACCCCCUUCCCCAGACAUUAGUCAAACAGCCCUUUCUCCUGAUCUCAGGCAGACAUCAUCUCCUCCAGACCUUGAUCAGACAUCCAACACCUCUGAAUUUAGUCAUUCAUUGCUUCUUCCAGAAUUUGGUCAGACUUCCCCUUCUCCAGACCUUAGUCAGGUGCCAUCUCCUCCACUAUCUUCUACAGUAAAUAACACUUUUAUACCAAGGGAACUUAACCCACCAGUUGUAAUAGGCCUCAGUGGAAAUGAUGGAGAUUACAUUGAGAUUAUUCCAAGGCAGAAGGAAGAGAGCAGUGAAGAAAUCAUUGAUGACACUGAUUACGUGGCCUAUGAUGACCCUUACCAAACUGAUGUUAGGACAGACAUUAACUCUUCCAGAGAUCCCGACAACAUUGCAGCAUGGUAUCUCCGCAGCAACAAUGGAAACAAGAAAUAUUAUUACAUUGCUGCUGAAGAACUAUACUGGGAUUAUUCAAAAUUUGCUCAAAGUGAAGUAGAUAAUGAAGACAUGGACGAUGUUCCAGAGAACACCAUAUACAAGAAAGUGGUCUUUCGAAAGUAUCUUGAUGGCUCUUUUACCAAACGUGAUCCUACGGGGGAGCUUGAAGCUCAUCUCGGCAUUCUUGGUCCUGUUAUUAGAGCUGAAGUGGAUGAUGUCAUCCAAGUUCGUUUUAAAAAUUUAGCAUCCAGACCAUAUUCUCUUCAUGCCCAUGGGCUUUCCUAUGAAAAGUCAUCAGAGGGAAAGUCUUAUGAAGAUGAUUCUCCUGAAUGGUUUAAGGAAGAUAAUGUUGUUCAGCCGAACAGCAGUUAUACGUACGUAUGGCACGCCACUCCAAGGUCGGGGCCAGAAAACCCUGGCUCUGCCUGCCGGGCUUGGGCCUACUACUCAGCAGUGAACCCGGAAAAAGAUAUCCAUUCUGGCUUGAUAGGUCCCCUUCUGAUCUGCCAAAAAGGAGUACUUCAUAAGGAGAGCAACACGCCCGUGGACAUGAGAGAAUUUGUCUUACUCUUUAUGGUCUUUGACGAAAGGAAGAGCUGGUACUAUGAAAAGAAACCCCAGUCUCCCAACACUUGGAGACUGUCAUCCUCUGAAGAAAAAACCUCCCACGAGUUUCAUGCCAUUAAUGGGAUGACUUACAGCUUGCCUGGCCUGAGAAUGUAUGAGCAAGAGUGGGUGAGGCUGCACCUGCUGAACCUGGGCGGCUCCCGAGACAUUCACGUGGUUCACUUUCACGGCCAGACCUUGCUGGAAAACGGCACCCAACAGCACCAGCUAGGGGUCUGGCCCCUUCUGCCUGGUUCAUUUAAAACUCUUGAAAUGAAGGCAUCAAAAUCCGGUUGGUGGCUCCUUGACACAGAGGUUGGAGAAAACCAGAGAGCUGGGAUGCAAACACCUUUUCUCAUCAUAGACAGAGAAUGUAAGAUGCCAAUGGGACUAAGCACUGGUAUCAUAGCUGAUUCACAGAUCAGGGCUUCUGGGCAUUGGGGUUAUUGGGAGCCCAAACUAGCAAGAUUAAACAAUGGUGGAUCAUAUAAUGCUUGGAUCACAGAAAAGCCUUCAGAAGUUGACCUUAAACCUUGGAUCCAGGUUGACAUGCAGAGGGAAGUCAUCCUCACAGGGAUCCAAACCCAAGGUGCCAAACACUAUCUGAAGUCCUACUACACCAUGGAGUUCUAUGUGGCCUACAGCUCUGACCAGACAAACUGGCAGAUCUUCAAAGGGAACAGCACAAGGAACGUGAUGUAUUUUGAUGGCAAUUCAGAUGCCUCUACAAUAAAAGACAAUCAGUUUGACCCACCCAUCGUGGCUAGAUAUAUUAGGAUCUCUCCAACCAGAUCCUACAACAGAGCUGCCCUUCGCUUGGAGCUACAAGGCUGUGAGGUUAACGGAUGCUCCACACCGCUGGGUAUGGAAAGUGGAAAGAUAGAAAACAAGCAAAUCACAGCUUCCUCAUUUAAAAAAUCUUGGUGGGGAGAUUACUGGGAACCUUUCCGUGCCCGUCUCAAUGCCCAGGGCCGUGUGAAUGCCUGGCAAGCCAAGGCAAACAACAACAAGCAGUGGUUACAAAUUGACCUACUCAAAAUCAAGAAAAUAACUGCGAUUGUAACACAGGGCUGCAAGUCUCUGUCCUCGGAAAUGUACGUGAAGAGCUACACCAUCCACUACAGCGACCAGGGAGUGGAUUGGAAAUCGUACAGGCAGAAAUCCUCCAUGGCAGACAAGAUUUUCGAAGGAAAUAAUAAUGUCAAAGGACAUGUGAAGAAUUUUUUCAACCCACCAAUUAUUUCCAGGUUUAUCCGCAUCAUUCCUAAAACAUGGAACCAAAGUAUUGCACUUCGCUUGGAACUCUUUGGCUGUGAUAUUUACUAGAAUUGAAUAUUCAAGGACAUAGGAAAGACUCUUAAAGAUAUCAAGCGAUUUAGAGCGGGCAAUGUAUUUUAUAGCUAUUUUAAAUAUUAAUAAUUUUGAUUGUUUCCCUUUUCUCUAUUAGAGAAUAAAAUUUUAUGUAUGAAACUUUCAUAAUGUAACUCCUUGCUACAAUUCAGUGAGGUGAUGGCUAUUAUUUAUUCAGAUAUAUGGGAAAAUAUCAAGAACCAACAAACAAAUGGCUUAUCUGUCACAAUGAUUUAAAAUGCUAUAUAAAGUAAUGUUUAUGUAGUUAGCAUGCUUCAUUAUAGUUCUGUUGAAACCUAAAAACACUAGGGGCUCCUGGGUGGCUCAGUCAUUUACACGUCCAACUCUUGAUUUCGGCUGAGGUCAUGAUCUUGCAGUUUGUGGGUUUGAGCCCUGCAUCUGGCUCUUUGCUGACAGAGUAGAGCCUGCUUGGGAUUCUCUAUCUCCCUCUCUUUCUGCCCCUUCCCGCUAGUGUGUGCUUCUCUCUAAGAAAUAAACACUUUUUUUUUUUAAACCUGUACACACUAAUAAAAGAGAUAUUACUUUUUUAAGCCAUUUAUAGACCUGGAUAGCUUUCACACCUACCUUAAAAAAAAAAAAAGAACUAUGAUUUAAGAGUAAAGGAAACAAAUAACAUUUUUAAAUGGUUCAUUUUUCUUGACAUGAAGAGAAAAAUAUCUUACCAUAUGAAAUAAUGAGUCAUUAAAAUACCCUGCCUUCCUUACGUGGCAAUGAUUUUUCUGACCCUCUAUGAGAUAAAAUGAUGUCCAGAGUUAGGGGUCUUUAGAUACAAAACACAACCCAAAUAACCAUGGGAGAAAUGAACCCUUGGCCUCACUCUAGCUGACACUACAAUGGUAUACUGUUUUUUCAAAGCACAUGUUCACCUAAGGGAAAGCUAAAACCUGUAAAGCAGCAUUGGAACCACUGGCCCAAAUGCAGCUGUUCCUGCUAAAACUGGCGAGCAAUUGUGGCUUUCUUUCAGUGCCCUUCCUUCCAGGGCCCCAACCUCCCCCUCUCCCUUCCUCAACAACUUCCCCUUUCAGCGCUCCCUUCCAUGGGAACUUGGCAUCCAAUGAUCCCAUAGAUACCGUGAGACUGGGGAGCUCUCUGGUCCACUUCAGCCACAUGGGAUAGGCAGUCACUGGUAAGACUAUCUUUCUGUGGAACAAACCACCCCAAAUCUGAAUGCUUAAAGCAACACGUUUAUUCUUUCUCAUGAUUCUGUGGGUUGACUGGGCUCGGCUGGGUGGUUUGACUCCUGACUACAUUGUGGGGAUCUCUAGUGAGGUCAUAGGCAGGGCUGGAGGCAGAGUCAUCAGAAGGCUCAAUGGGACAUUGAAACAGCUGAUCUUCUGUCACUCCUCAAGUGGUUUUAGGUCAUUUCCUCAUGACGUGGCAGCCAAGUGGUCCAUCCGUUUGCUGUCUCCAAUAGGAGAGUUGGGCUUCAUGUAAGGUGGUUCAGGCUCCUCAAAGGAAGUGUUCAUGGUUUAGGAAGCAGAAGUUGCCAGUCCUCUUAAAGGUUGGGCCUGGAACUGGCACAGCCUCACUCUGCAGCGUCCUAUUGGUUAACACAAGUCACAGGUGCAUCCCAAGGAGUAGAAUUCAUUGAGAACAUCUUUAGAUACUAUCAGAGUUACCUAUUGCAUCCAUGGGUGGGCUGAGUCCUGUGAAUGCAUAGGGGAGCUUCAAACAUCCACAAAAUAUGGCUUUCUCCCCCCCCCCGCACCUUUAUUAAAAUAUAUUUGACAAAUAAAAUUGUAAUAUGUUUAAGUGCAGAACUUGAUGAUCUGACAUAUGUAAAUGUUGUAAAAGGAUUCCCAUUGUCAAGUUAAUUAACUCAUCAUCCUCUCACCGUUACUGUUUUGUUUUGGUCAGAAUGCUUAAGAUCUACUAUCUUAGCAAAUUUCAAAUAUAAAAUACAGUAUUAUCAACUAUAGCCUCCAUGCUAUAUAUUAAAUCCACAGAACUUAUUCAUCCUAUAAUUGAAAGUUUAUACCCUUUUUACCAGGUUCUCCCCCAUUUCUUCCACUUGCCAGCCCCUGGCAUCAGCAUUCUACUCUUUGCUUCUAUGACUUCAACUUUUUAUUUUAAUUCUGAAUAGUGAUACCAUGCAGUAUUGGUCUUUGUCUAGCUUGUUUCACUUAGCAUAAUGACCUCCGGGUUCAUCCAUGUUGUCACAAAUGGCAAAAUUUCCUUCUUUUUUAAGGCUUCAUAAUAUUCCAUUGUAUAUAUACCACAUUUUUUUUUUAUCCAUUCAUCUAUUGACAUACACUUAAGCUGUUUCCAUAGCUUGACUAUCAUGAAUAAUGCUGCAAUGAACAUGGGAAUAUACAUAUCUUUUAAGCAGAUGAUUUGGUUUCCUUUGUACAUAUAUCUACAAAUGAGAUUGCUAAAUAAUAUGAUACAGUAGUUUUGUCUUUAAUUUCUUGAGGAAGUGCUAUACUGUUUUCCAUAGAGGCUGUACCAGUUCACAUUCCCACCCAAAGUGUGCAUCUUCACCAGGAUUUGUUGUCUUUUGUCAUUUUGAUAAUAGCCAUUCUAACCAAGUAUGAGCUUAUAUCUCAUUAUGGUUCUGAAUUUGCAUUUCCUUGAUGACUAGUGACGUUGAGCAUAUUUUCACUGGCCAUUUCAUCUAUUGGCCAUUUAUAUGUCUUCUUUGAAAAAUGUAUAUUCAGAUUCUUUGCCCAUUUUUUUAUUUGGGUUAUUUGGGUUUUUUGCUAUUGAGUUGUGUGAAUUCCUUGUGUAUUUUGGGUAUUAAUCCCUUAUCAGAUAUGUGGUUUGCAAAUAUUUUCUCCAAUUCAGUACAUUGUGUUUUCGUUUUGUUGAUAGUUUCCUUUUAUGCCCAGAAGACUUUGAGUUGGAUGUCGUCCCACUUGUUUACUUUAUGCUUUUUGGUGUCAUAUCCAAAAAAUCAUUGCCAAGGCCAAUGUCAAAGACCUUAUCUUCAAUGCUCUAGGAGUUUUAUGAUAUCAGAUCUUAUAUUUGGGUCUUUAACCCAUUUUGAGUUGGUUUUUCUGUAUGGUGUAAGCUAAUGGUCCAAUUUCAUUCAUUUGCAUGUAGAUACCAACACACUUAUUAAAGAGACUAUCCUACUCCCAUUGUGUAUUUCUGGCAUCUUUGUCAAAAAUUAAUUGACCAUACAUGCAUGGGUUUAUUUCUGGGCUCUCUAUUCUGUUCAUUGAUCUAUGUCUGUUUUUAUGCCAAUAUCCUACUGCUUUGAUUACUAUAAAUUUGUAAUGUAGCUUGAAAUCAACUAGUGCGAUGUUUCUGCCUUGCUCUUCUUCCCCAUGAUUGCUUUGGACAUUUGGAAUCUUUUGUGGUUCUAGAUGAAUUUUAGGAUUUUCCCCCUAUUUUUGUGGAAAAUGUCAUUGGAACUUUGAUAGGGACUGCACUGAAUCUAUAGAUCACUUUGGGUGGUGUGGACACUUUAGCAAUACAAAUUCUUAUAAGCCAUGAGAGGUUAAAUAAAUUUAACCAAGGUGGUUAAAUUUAUUUGGUUAAAUUUAACCACCUUGCUUAAAUUUAUUCCUAAGUAUUUUAUUCUUUCAAUUCUAUUGUAAAUGGGAUUUUUUUCUUAAUGUCUCUUUCCAAUAGUUUGUUGUUAAUAUAUAGAAAUGCAACUGAUUUUUGCAUAUUGAUUUUGUAUCCUGCAACUUUGAUGAAUUUACUAGCUCUAAUUAUAAUAUAUAAAAUACAUAACACCAUAAUAAUAGUGCUUUUGUGUUGUCUUUAGUGUUUUCUAUAUAUAACAUCAUGUCAUCUGCAAAUAGAGACAAUUUUACUUCCUCCUUUCUCAUCCUUUCAUUUCUUUUUCUUGCCUAAUUGCCCUGGCCAGGACUACUAGUACUAUUAAAAAAUUUUUUUUUUAACAUUUACUUACGAUUGAGAGACAGAGAGACACAGAGCAUGAGCAGGGGAGGGGCAGAGGGAGGGGGACACACAGAAUCUGAAGCAGGCUCCAGGCCCUGAGCUGUCAGCCCAGUGCCCGACACGGGGCUCAAACUCACAAACCACGAGAUCAUGACCUGAGCCGAAGUCAGCCACCUAACCGACUGAGCCACCCAGGCGCCCUUAUCAGUAUUAUUUUAAAUAAAAGAGGCAAGUGUGGGCAUGCUUGUCUUGCUCCUGAUCUUAAAAGAAAAGCUUUCAGCUUUUCACCAAUGAAUAUGAUGCUAGCUAUUGGCUUGCCAUAUUUGGAUGGUCUUUUUAUGUUGAAGUACAUUUCUUCCAUACAUACUUGAGAGUUUUUAUCAUGAAAAGAUGUUGAAUUUUGUUAAAUGCUUUUACUGCAUCUAUUUAAGUGAUAUUGUAAUAUGGAUUCUUCAUUUUGUUGAUGUAGCAUACCACAUUUAUUGAAAGCAUACAUUGAACUAUCCUUGCAUCCCAAGAAAAUCCCACUUGAUCAAGGUGUAUGAUCCUUAUAUCGUAUUCUCAAAUUCAUAAUGUUUUGUUGAAGAUGUUUGCAUCUGUAUUCAUCACGGAUAUUGGAUUGUAAUUUUCCUUUUUUGCAUGUCUUUGUCUGGCUUUGGUAUGAGGGCAAUGCUGGGCUCAUAAAAUGAGUUUGGGAGAGUAUCAUCCUGUUUAAUUGUCUGUAAGAGUUUGAGAAGGAUUGGUGUUAAUUCUUCCUCAAAUAUUUGGUCCAUGAAGCUGUUUCGUCCUGGGCUUCCCUUUGUUGGAUGGCUUUUGAUUACUGCUUCAAUCUCCUCACUCGUUGUUCUGUUCAGAUUUUCUAUUUCUUCAUGAUUCAGUCUUGGUAGGUUAGAUAUUCCCAGGAAUUUUUUUUAAUAUAUAUUUUUAUUUUUUAAUGUUUAUUUAUUUUUGAGAGAGAGACAGAGUGCAAGCCGGGGAGGGGCAGAGACAGAAAGGGAGACACAGAAUCCAAGGCAGGCUCCAGGCUCUGAGCUGUCAGCACAGAGCCUGACAUGAGACUUGAACUCAUGAAUCAUGAGAUCAUGACCUGACUCAAAACAGGAGUCAGAUGUUUAACAGAUUGAACCACCCCGACACCCCGUUCCCAUAAAUUGAUUAAUUUCUUCUGGGUUGUCCAAUUUCUUGGUAAUUGUUCAUAAUAGUUUCUUGUAAUCUUUAGUAUAUCUGUGAUAUCAGUUGUAAUGUGUCUUCUUUCACUUAUGAUCCUAUAUUUAUUUGAGCCUUACUUCUUUUUGUCUUAGUUUAGCCAAAGUUUUGUGAAUUUUGUUUAUCUUUUCAAAAAAUCAGCUCUUAGUUUCACUGAUCUUUUCUAUUGCCAUUCUAGUCUAUAUUUUAUUUAUGUCCACUGUCUUCUUUCCUUCUACUAACUUUGGGCUUGGUUUGUUCUUCUCUUUCCAGGUCUUUGAGACGUAGUGUUAGGUUUGUUUGAGAUCUUUCUUUUUUCUUAACGUAGGCAUUUAUCACUAUAAAUUUCCCUCUUAGAACUGCUUCUGCUGCAUCUCAUACGUUUGGGUCUGUUGUGUUUCUAUUUUCAUAUGUCUCAAGUUAUUUUUUGACUUCCCAUUUUAUUUCUUCUCUUAUUCAUCAGUUGCUCAGGAGCAUGUCGUUUAAUCUCUAUGUGUGAAUUUUUAUUCUCUUCUUGGAACUGAUUUCUAGUUUCAUGCCCUUAUGGUUGGAAAAGGUGCUAGAUAUGAUUCUGACCUUCUUAAAUUUACGAAGACUUGUUUUGUGGCCUAACGUAUGAUCUCUCCUAGAAAAUGUUCCAUGUGUGCUUGAGAAAGGUGUAGCCUGCUACCGUUGGUUACAAUGUUCUGUAAAUGUCUGUGAGAUCCAUCUGAUUUUAUGCCUGGAUGAUUUGUCCAUUGUUGAAAGUGGGAUGCUGAAGUCUCCUACUAUUAUUGUACUGCUAUUUCUCCCUUCAGAUCUGUUAAUAACUGUUUCUUAUUUGUAGGUGCCUAAUGUUGGGUGCAUAAGUAUUUACGUGAUUAUAUCUUUUGGAUGAGUUCACCCCUUUAUCAUUAUAUACUUAUUUUUCCUGUUGUUUUAGGCUUAAUGUUUAUUUAGUCUGAUAUAAAUAUAGCUGCCCUGCUCUGUUUAUAUUUGCAUGGGAAAAUCUUUUUUCAUCUCUUCUUUUUCAGCCUACAUGUGUCCUUAAAGCUGAAGUUAUUCUUUUAUAGGUAGUAUGUAGUUGGCGCUUUUUUUUUUAUGUUUAUUCAUUUUUGAAAGACAGAGAGAGACAGAGCACAAGCAGGGGUGGGACGGAUAGAGAGGGCAACACAGAAUCCAAAGCAGCCUCCAGGCUCUGAGCUGUCAGCACAGAGCCCGACGCAGGGCUCAAACUCACGAACCGCAAGAUCAUGACCUGAGCCGAAGCUGGACGUUCAACUGACUGAGCCACCCAGGUGCCCCUAGUUGGCUCUUAUUUUAUAUCCAUUGGCAACUCUAUGUCUUUUGACUGGAGAAUUUAUAGUCCAUUCAUAUUUACAGUAAUUAUUGAUAGAUAUGAGCUUAAUAUUUCCAUUUUGUUCAUUGUUUCUGGCCAUUUAUGUGUCCCACUUUUGUUCCACUCUUGCUUUCUUCCUUUGUGAUUUGAUGGUUUUCUGUAGUAUGCUUUGAUUCCUUUCUCUUUAUCCUUUGCAUAUCUACUAAAGCUUUUGUUUUGUAGUUACCAUAAGGCUUAUACAUAACAUCUUGUAUGUAUAAUGGUCUAUUUUAAUCCGAUAACAACUUACAAACACACGCAGUCUCUACAUUUGUAUGUCCCCCCCCUUUUUGUUACUGAUGUCACAAUUUAAAUCUUUUAUUACUAUGUGUCCAUUAACAAAUUACUGUAGCUAUAGUUAUUUUAAGACUUUUGUCUUUUAGGGCUUAAACCUUUGUUGUAACAAUUUACACAUCCUCAUACAAUACUAGCAUAUCCUAAAUUCAGCUCCAUAUUUACUUUCGACAGCGAGUUUUACACGUUCUUGUAUUUUCAUAUUAGUAGUUGGCAUCUCUUCAUUUCAACUUGAAGAACUACCCUUAACAUUUCUUGUAAGGCCGAUCUAGUAAUGAUGAGCUCCUUCAGCUUCUGUUUGGGAAAAUCUCUCUCCAAUUCUGAAGGAUAUUUUGCUGGGCUGAGUAUUCUUGGCUGGCUGUUUCUUGUUUCUUGUUGCUGUUUUUGUUGUUGUUUAGCACUCUGAAUAUAUCAUCCCACUCUCCUCUGGCCUAUAAGGUUUCUGCUGAACAACCUGAUGAUAGUUUUAUGGGGGAUCCCUUGUACAUAACAAGUCACUUUUAUGUUGCUGAUUUUAAGAUUCUCUCAUUUUCUUUAACAUUUGACAAUACAAGUAUAGUGUGUCUUGGCGUGGGUCUCUUUUGGGUUCGUCUUCUUUGGUAAUAUUUGAGCGUCCUUGAUCUCGAUAUGUUUCUCUCCUCAGGUUUGAGAUGUCUUAAGCCAUUGUUUCUUUGAAUCAGCUUCCUGUCCCUUUCCCUCUCUUCUCCUUCUCAGAUACCUAUGAUACAUGUACUGGUCUGCUUGAUGGUGUCCUAUAUGUCCCUUAAGCUAUCUUCUUUCUUAAUUUUUCCUCUUCCUCUGAUUGGACGAUUUUCACUGCCUUGACUUUGAGCUCACUGAUCCUUUCUUCCACUUGAUCUAGUCUGCCAUCGAACCCCUCUAUUGAAGUCUUAAGUUAUUGUAUUCUUUAGCUCUGUGACUACUGUUUGGCACUUUUUCGUAUUUUCCAUCUCUUUGUUGAAAUUCACACUUUGCUCCUGCAUUGCUCUCCUGAUUUUGGAGCAUCUUUAUGACCAUUAGCUUGAACUCUCUGUCAGGUAAAUCACUUAUAUCUAUUUCAUUAAGGUUGGUCUCCAAAAAUUGGUCUUAUUCUUUUGUUUGGAAUACAUUUCCCUGAUUCUUCAUUUUCCUUGGCUCUCUGAAUUGUCUGUGCAUUAGAUGAAAUAGCCACCCCACCUAGUCUUGACUAGACUGCGUAGUUGAUUAGCGAGGUCAGCCUAGCCUGACGUUAUUGUUGCUUCUCAAAUCUCUGUGACUGUCCAUCCUGCUGCCUUUGUUCUUAUGGGUCCCGGUAGAUUGGGGUGAUCCAUUAUAGUCCCAAAGAUAUGGGAAAUGCCCACAUGCCUUUUCAGUUUCACGGACUAUUGUCUGCCCCAUCAUCCCACCUAUUCAGGUUAGUUGGAAGCCUGACCUUCAGGCAGCAGCUGGGAAAGUCAGGUUAUUAGAUGUACAGUCUAGUCCCUAUCAGGAAGAAACUGGGAACCGGGUAUUUUUGCUUACUCUGUGCUGAGCUAGAGAAAAGUUGGUAGAGGUGCUUGUAUAACCAUAUAAAAUCAUCUCUUUGCAUUGUGUGGUUCUGGGGGACUUGUGAGUGCUAAGCUCUGUCAGCCCCAGAGCUAGAUCAUUCAGGAGCCAGUCCCUCAUGUAGCAACUAUAGCAUUUGGGGUGCUACAUGAGUGGACAUGCUCCUUCCAGGGAGAAGCUGGAGCCUUGGUUUUACUGCUGGACAAGUUGAAGAAAGAUGGUAGGGGACAUUCCCACCAGCUCUUUCAGGCUCCUGAGAGGAUCCCAGUCCGCUCCCCCAUGCAGUGUAACUAGAAGCCAGAACCUCAAACAGCAGCUAGGAAAAUAUCCAGUCCAAUGCAUUCUAGGGAGAAACUGGGAGUUGAAUGUUUUUGCCUCUUCCUUCUGUACUGAGCCAGGGAAGGGAGAGCUGCAAAAAGUGCUUGUGUGCCCAUUUAAAAACUGCUUUGUUUCAUAUGGUCCUAGGGGACUUCUAAAUGCCGAGCCCUGGUGGCUAUUAGAGUCAGUGACUUCAGAACCUGUUCCUAGGGUGACAGCUGCAAAACUUGGAGCGCUUUAUGUGUGGGCACUUUCCUUCCAGGAAGAAGCUGGCAACUUGUUUGUUGCUGUCGUCGUUGUUGAAAUGAGCCAGAGGGAGAAUGUGGGACAAGUGCCUACCAGCUUUUUAGGGCUCCUGGGAGGAUCCCAGCCAGCACCCAGAAACAGACUGAUUAGAAGCCAGACCCUCAUGGAGCAGCUAGGAAAUUGUGCUCUCAAAAUCCUUCCAGGGAGAAAUGAGGAGAUGGUAAUCUUUGCCUGGUCGGUGUGCGCUGAGCCCCGGGAAGAGCUGUGGGGCGUGUUUAACAACUGCUUCUUUGUUUGGUAUGGUCCUGUGGGACUCGUGAAUGCCAAGCCCUGUUGGCUCCCUGAGCUAAGAGACUUGGGGACCCAUGCCUCGCAUAGUAGCCUUAAAACUGGAGCACUCGAUGUGUGGUCCAAACCCUUCACUCAUAGGGAGGCUGGAAGCUGUGACUUCCCUCCCAAUCAUAAGGCUCUGUGCCAGGGGUGGGGUGUAUGGUGUGUGUCUCAGCCUUUCCCACCCACUUUCAUGUCGGUGUUUUCUCAAUAAGCUGAUGUGAAGGGAUUACUCAGUUGGUUUUUAGAUUUCUCUCAGAGGGAAAUGACCUGUGUGUAGCUAUACCUUUGGCAAAUCCAUGGCAGGAGGGAAAGUCAGGAGCCUCCCAUCCUGUCAUCUUGGUCGAUCUAAAACAUUGGCUUUCUAAUACUGUAUGUUCAUUAUUUCUGUCUUUUAAUGAGGCAUGUCAGUGUUCCACCAGUAUUUCUUUGAUGUUCAUUCUGUUAAGAGCAAAAGAGAGUGUCUGAAUAUAAAAUAAAAAUUCCUUUGGUCUCUGCAGGGCCAGCCUCGCGGGUGUGCGAUCUGCUCAAAGAGCCCCCAUGCUCAGAGGGGCCCCCAUGCUUAGUUUAAUGCCCCAUCAUCUUGCUCUUGAAAUUCUUAAUAAUUUUUUAACAAGGAGGCUGCCAUUUUUAUUUUGCAAAUUAUGUAGCUAGUCAUGGUCUGUCUACUGAAGAAGUGGGCAGGAUCUCUCCAGAUCUAGAAUCUACCAAGAUAUAAGAGGGACAAGAAAAUCAUAUGGAAUAAUAAGUAGGGGAUGAGAUGAUGGUGGAGUGGGAGCUCCAACUUUGUUAUCCUAUAUGUGAGAAGAAUGUCUCCAAAGGUUAAACAACUUGCCUGAAACUACUGCUUGUUUGUGUCAGAGGUGAAACUAAAAACCAGGUGAUCAGACUCCCAGACUCUUUUUCAGUCUGGUUUCUCUUCCAUAGAAUGGAAAAAUUGUAACAUUUAUAA